ACAUCUCUCUCUAAGAAUGAAAUUUUUCAUGUAUUUAUGUGCAUUUCUGGUCUGGACUCUUGGACAUGUGGCAGGUACACAAGCUUCCAGUGGAGGUUGUUCCCCACCCGACUUUGGUAUGGCAAGAGGUAUUAUUCCAAACAAGGAUAUCACAGCAUCAUCAGCACAGAAUUCUGAUUCACUUCCUCACCAUGCACGGUUCAGCAACAGCAAAGCAUGGGUUCCUGAUAGAAAUGAUAGAAAUCCAUGGAUACAAGUGAAUUUACAGUAUUCAAGAAAUAUCACUGCAAUUGCUACACAAGGUUUUUCUGGCUCCUAUGUAACCCGCUAUUAUGUGAGUUUCAGUUCUGAUGGAAACAACUGGAACAACUAUACAGAGCAGGGAAAAGUUAGGGUGUUUCAAGCCAAUGUAAAUGAUGAUAAAAUCAAAACAGUCCUUUUCAAACCUUCUCAUGUAGCACAGUACAUAAGAUUAUACCCGACAAACUGCUCCAACACUUGUGCCCUCAGAUUUGAGCUUUAUGGGUGCAAUUCAACCACAGGCUUGCCUGGCCAGCCAAACUCACUCUCUUCAGAUUCUGUUUUAUCAAACAAAAUUGUCAUCUCAUGGAGUGAACCUACUGAUCUAGGGAAUGGAAUAACAGGGUAUGUUGUUAGGUGGCAGAGUGCUGAAAAAGCUGAUUAUCAAGAAAAAGUAGUUACAGGGAGCAGAUCUGCGACACUUGAUAACCUAACACCCUACACUUGGUAUGACAUCCAAGUGAGAGCAGAAAAUGAUAAGGGACGUGGCCCUUGGUCAGUCUCACUGCAAGAGAGAACACAAGAGUCCUUUCCUUCUGCUGCUCCUGGGAACUUUCGAGUCACUUCCAAUGCUUCUCUCGUCUUGGACAUAACUUGGGAUGCCAUUCCUACAGAAAAACAAAAUGGGAAGCUGCUAGGUUACCAUAUUUACUACAAGGUAAAUGGAUCUGCAGUAGAGUAUAACAAAACUGUUGGACCAGAUAAGCUGGUAUAUCAACUAACAGGACUUGAGUUUACAACCUAUGUUGUUCGAAUAGCUGGGUACACCGUUGUUGGUGUUGGUUUGUCUACUGGAUCUGUGAGGAAACAACCAAAAGGAGGCGCUCCGACAGCUCCCAGAAACCUUAAGUUGACUGUUGAGUCAUCCACCUCGAUAAAGGCAUCGUGGACUAAGCCCCUGAAGAUUAAUGGUGUCUUUAAACGUUAUGUGGUGAUGUACGGCUUAUCGAAAGACAGCUUGAGUAAAUCGUUUUAUUCCUUUACCACUGAGUACUCACUGGCCCCGCUGGAUGAGUUCACUACUUAUUAUGUUCAAGUGCACGCUGAAACAUCUGUAACGGGGUUGUCUUCCGACAUUAUCUCGGCAAGGACAAAUGAGGAUGGUUAGUGCAGUACAUUAACGCUCCCAGCUCUGCUCCAAUCAUUGAUAGAAAAGAAACAAAAGCCGAGGAUGCGCACACCAUAAGAGUCAAGUGGAAUGAAA